GUAUUCAGUUUAAGACCGUCACUGACACUCUUCGGUGGUCGAACAUCUACCUCACUCGGUGAUUCUCCCGCAGCCGUAAGAGGCAACUUUGUCCCGCGGCCGUAACCCCACCAUUCCUGUUCCUUGGCCUCUGAAGAAUCCGCGUGAACCCCUCCCAAGACACUCGACGGUCAUCAUGCCUCAGACGUGGGGAUACUCCGAAUGCAAUGGCCCGAAACACUGGGGCAAAGACUUUCCCUUGGCACUGGGGCAUCGACAAAGUCCAGUUAACAUCGUCAGCUCGCAGGCGGUCAGGGAUCCCAUGCUGCUUUCGAAACCCUUGAAAUAUCAAUACGAGGAUGUAGCAGCCACGCAGCUCACGAACGGAGGUUUCGGGUGGAGAGUCGAUGUCAACAGCCCAAGCCAUAACCUUGAAGGCGGUCCUCUGAACCACCGGUACAAAUUAGUUCAAUUCCACGCGCAUUGGGGACCGUCCUGCUGUUCUGGAUCCGAACACACAAUCGAUGGUACUUGCACAGCGGGGGAACUCCACCUCGUGCAUUACAACAUCGAUCUCUACGAUGAGCCCGCCAAAGCGAUGAGCGGUGAAAACGGGCUCGCCGUCGUCGGAAUCCUCCUGAAGGAAGGGGACGAACACCCUGAAUUCGAGAAGAUCUGUUCUCUGAUCGAUAAAAUCAAGCACAAAGGAAGCAGCGUUACGGAUGUCGGUCCUUUUAACCUUCGAGCGUUCUACCCUCACCAACCAGGAAACUACUUCACGUACGAAGGUUCCCUCACAACUCCACCUUGUUAUGAAAGCGUCACUUGGAUCCUAAUGCGGGAAUGCAUAGAACUCUCAAAAGCACAGUUGGAUAAAUUCCGCUCGAUGCUCAAUUACUGCGAGGGCGAAUGCGAGCUCGGACCCCUCGACGGAACCGUUCAAGAAAACUACCGCGACUGCCAACCCCUUGAAGGACGUGUGAUACGGUGUUCGGGGUGUGAUACACCUCCGAACUAAUCCGAAAGAGAAUACCUCGUUCAAAUCAGCGAACAAUACCUCACACCGGCACACACAAACUUUUUUUUUUCAUAGAUCUAUCUGACUGUUUCCACUGUUAAUCGGAUGGAGCUGGAGAAGAUAUUACCUUGACACGAGCACACAAAAAACAGAAAGCACUGGAACCACCUGGGAGCCAGAAUGAUAUUUAUGCUUCUUCACCGCCGGGAGCGGAGCGUGAUGAAAACCUCCAUUUGAGGGCUACUUCCGAGGCUCGAACUCCGGCUUGAGGCUGGGAGCAUGGAAUAGCUCGGAAAUCAAGUCAUGCGGAGCCUCGACAGCAGGGGACGCGACAGCGGUCCCAGCUUCCGCAUAGCAGCAACAACUUCAGAGUGCAAUACUUUUUACAAAAUGUCUCCAUUGUUGUCUACUUUUUGGUUGCGGAGUUCAAUCGAUCAUAGUCGGUAUUCGUUUCCGGUGACGAUGUUCCAUUCUGGGGAACGCCACUCUCAGUCCACCUAUACCGAGGUAUAGUUUUUCAAAAACCUACGAUACUACACAACCAAAGAGUAGAGGUAUACCGCUAGGAAAAAUCUUAGUCUUUCAAAAGCAGAGUCCCCGCAAUACAGCAAGGGAUGAGUAAGCAUUCCCGAUCCCUGCUUGAUGGGAUCGAUGGAGCUCCGAGUCUCGACAUUUGUAUGAGAAGGAUUUCCGUCCUCCCCAUAGUUAUCGUGAGAGGCGCUUUCAUUGUCAUCAGACGAAACUUUCAAAAAGAACGACCAUCUAGAUCCCAAACGGAAAGACCAAUAGCGCUAACUAAAGAGCAACUCGAUCAUUAUCCAUCGAAAACCUCGACGGAGGGAGACGUCAUGCAUUUAUGGGAGGCAGGGAACGUAAUCGCUUCCACGGAACGAAGCACGCACACUUACGGCGAUGGGUCGAGAUGGUAACGGCCCAAACCUAAAUCGAAUCCUCCGUCUAAUCGAAACGGCUCGAAAUGGCUCCUUCGUCCGGUUUCUGCUUCUGUGACGCUUCUCAGGGAGAAGGAACUUGAUUUUUCCUUAUCCUUGGGGGGCGAAAAGCCAGACCCGGAGUACCCGGGGAAUACAAUCUGAUAAACGCACUGAAUACCACGAAAUCCUCCGUGACCUCUACACGGUCGGAGAAGAACUGCGAGAAGAUGCUUUUCGGGAAUUUGACAACGGUCGUACUACGAAGAGUUGUUAACGCGAGGCGGCAUUAGGCUGAUUCAGGGCUAGGAACUGCAGUGCAUUCAUACAAGAGGAACUAAUGGCCCUGCCCUCCUGUUCCAUCGAUGCAAAACGAAGCGAUCCCCUCUUGAAAGCGGUCAAGCUUGAACGGAAGCGAGAGUCAAGCCAUUGGUUUUCGGGCUUUCCGUUCUUUCGAGAGGGAGGAGCCGUGGACUUUCGGAUCGAUGGUACGGUGAAUUCCGAGUACAACAUACGAGAUAUUUUAAUUGUUGACGAUCACGACGAAGACCUCUGUAGUACAAUUAGAGACGAAUCGAAGGAAUGAUUUGUUUGCUUAUGAGCGAACUUUGAAGACCGCCUAUAGAGAAUUAAACCACUGUUAUUUAUGCCAGAGCGAUGCGUACAUGGAAGGCGUAUAGCGUACGAGGCGUAUAGCCGAAAAUCUCCUGGAGUUUGGGAAAGUCUAGAAGUUUAUGUCCCAUUAUUGCCGGGUAGAGUCUUCCAAACAAUCACGACGGAAAAAUUCAGAGCUUGAUUUCUCUUUUCAUUAUCGAACAUCGAAGCAACGGAAGCAUGUACGAUCAUGUUCGAGGAGCAUAGGAGGGAAGAUGAUUUCGCAAACUUCUGGUAUUUUUUUGCACUCGGCCGUUUUAUAAUUUAAGGUUCGAUGAUUUGUAAUAAAGCGAGGACGUCUUU